AUGUCAAGUGGGCUUCAUCGAUCUUCGAGCGCUGCUUCGAAAAACGUCCUCCCUCCUCAAGAACUCCUCGACGAUCUCUGCAGUCGGUUUGUUCUGAACGUGCCGAAAGAAGACCAGCAAUCUUUUGAGAGGAUUUUGUUUCUUGUGGAGUAUGCACAUUGGUUUUAUGAAGAUAACUCUGUGGAGAAGAAUCCAUCUUUGAAGUCAUUGACUCUAAAGGAAUUUACUACUCUAUUAUUUAACAAUUGCGAUGUUUUGAAGCCGUAUGUUGCCCAUAUAGAUGACAUAUUUAAGGACUUCACUUCGUAUAAGGUUCGAGUUCCAGUAACAGGGGCCAUUAUACUGGAUGAAACUUAUGAACGGUGCUUACUAGUGAAGGGGUGGAAAGGAACAAGCUGGAGCUUUCCCCGUGGGAAAAAGAAUAAAGAUGAGGAAGACCACAAUUGUGCCAUCAGAGAAGUCAUGGAGGAAACAGGUUUUGAUUUUUCAAAACUUCUUAACAAAGAUGACUACAUUGAAAUGAUUUUUGGACAGCAGAGAGUGAGGCUGUAUAUAGUCGCUGGAGUGAAAGAUGAUACAGCCUUUGCUCCUCUCACUAAAAAAGAGAUAAGUGAAAUUGCAUGGCACCGACUUGAUGAACUUCAUCCAGCAAGUGAUGAUGUUAUAUCUCGUGCGACCACUGGCCUCAAGCUUUACAUGGUUGCUCCGUUUCUUAAAUCUUUGAAAACAUGGAUUGCGGCUCAUCCAUCUCUCUUAGCACCUAGAUCAGACAAACCUGUGAAAGGAAUUACUGUUUGGAAGGCAAAGAACAGCUCUACCGGAAACAGCUCAACAACAACAGAGAGCCAGCCAAGUAAACCAGUGGGUGACAGGCAUCCUUCCGAAGGUCCUGGAAAGAGCUUUAGAAACUUUCAGUUCGAUACUGCUGCAAUAUUUCGUGCAAUGGAUGCUGCCUUCUGUGGAUAA